AUGAUACCGUCAUCACCGGGUCAAGAUGGAAGUAGAUCUACUUCGCAUGAUCCAUCGGUAGUAGAAGGUGUACAUCAAAAAGCUUCUUCCGCAAGCAAGGAAAGCCAAGCGCAGGUGGAACGGGCCGUCUCAAUUAUACCAUCAAGAACAGACGAGGGCUUGCGCGAGCGAAAAAGCAUCAAGAGCAGGAAUUCGCAAUCCUUGUUGGUGCAACGAGGUAAGACCACAGAGAAGGCGAACGCGAUGAAACGUGUUGAUAAGAGCAUUAGUAGCACGUGCUGUACCCCCGUUGCCGAACAAACUUCGACACCGGAAGUUCGAGCAGGAAGCCUGGAGGGCGCCGAACGUGAUGAAUCAUCGUCAACAUUAACCCUUUCCGAGGUAGAGGAUGGUAAUCUACUACCAGAUCACCUAGGCGAAGCCGAAGCCCGCGGUCCUCUCCCAUGUAGCGGUUCCUCCGAGGCCCAGCAAGCCCUCUCCACCUUCUCCCGCCAGGUAUCUCCUGGGACCCAAAAACUCCGCGAGAUGUUUCGCGCGAAUAUUGUGGAAGGCUAUCUCAGCGCCCGGGCGAAAUCGCCCCCAGCUGGAAAUACAGCUGCAACGAGUUCGUCGAGCGCACUUGCGGUCGUCGUUCACCGAAGCUCUAGUUGUAGUUCGGGGCAGGGAACAAUAUUAUCUUCAAGCAAAACCCCAAGGAACAGAAAAACCUCGAAAGAAGGGAUGAAGACAACAAGCAGCUCCCCGCCCCCGGAUCGGUGGGGCGGGGCGGUAGCAGCGUCGUCGAAGGCAGGUGGUUGUAGUAGUAGCGGGACGAAGCUACGUGGUGCAAAAUCAUCUAUGGAAACAUCUACAAGGACCGCACCUGCUUCUUCGUCUCGUCCGCCGGUGGUGUCUCGCAGCGGCCGUUCAACAAAUUCCAUAUCCUCAUUUUCGCCACUACUUCCGAGCACGGCGACAAUCCGGCGCGCCGUGAUCGGGCAUGCCAUGAUAUCGCAAGAAAAAACUGUUUCACUGUGAACUUGUGAUGCAGAAAAUGGAACGCAGAAGUGUGUGUCAUGCCACACGUGCAAGACAGUGGAUUUGUAGCUGUGUUUUCCCUUAGGAACCUCGCAUGACAGACUUUCAGUGUCACGCGUCACAAACUUGUGAUGCAGAUUUUGCUAAAUCACCACAGUGAAACAGUUUUUUCGUGCGAUACAUGACGCAUCUUCAGCAGUACCAGGAGCGGCUGGUGACCACAAGGGAGCAGCAGGAGAAUGAUCGUGGCCAGAGUUGUUGUGUGAGUGGUAGUUGUUCUACUACUUCUGCGGGUCGUAAAAAUGGUCCUCUGAAGACCACCCGUGGUGUUGAGCAGCAACAUGGUCAGCCGAGGACCACCGUGCAGCAAGAACGAAAGGACGGCGACCAGGUGGAAGCACAAAGAAGAACUGCUGCUGCUGGAGCAGGCCAAAAUUCUAACGAGGAAAAUUUGCAGCACAUUGUGCCGGUGUUUUCCACGUUACCGUCGGGGAGAUGCAGUCAGUAUCGACGUGGUUCAUCUUCCGUGCAACAAAAUCUGCACGCAAGAGCCGGUCGGCAGCGACGAGAACACCAAACUUCGCAUGCGGGAGGUGCAGUUCUUGGGGCUACUUCUGCGUAUCGGCGACGAAGUUCAUCUGGCGUGUCGUCCCGCAGCCCGUCUUCGGCUAGAAGGGAUUUAGAGGAUCAUGAUACAACAACACGGUUUGUUCUUACUGAAGAUGAAGAUGAUUCUUCCGGCCGACACAGAACAAUCUCCGGCAGAAGUUGUACAACAAACCCCUGCAGAAAUGCGAAGAACUUUUGCAAAAAACUUGAGCAUUGUGCUCGCUUUUUCAUGCACGCCUUCCAGGACCCCACUGCAGCGCGGAUGGAGCAAAGGAGGGUUGUUCCGCGUGUGGGAGGAAUGAUCGACGCUGCAGAGGAUUUGUUUUGUCGUGUAGGUGACAAUGGUCAACAUGUUGAUAUCACUGACCUGCGGGAGGAGGACCACAUGAACGUCGCUGGUGAUCCUGUUAGACGAGGGCAGCGCUUGCAACGACGUGUAUCCCACCCUGUCGAGCACUCUGAGGGUCUAUCGCGCUGCUUCGACGAACAAGUACAUAGCGAUCCCCCUUGUUCCGACGACCGCGUUGUGGUCAACUAUUGCGGUGCAGGACUGAACAUAGGUAAUCCUUCUCGUCUUGAACCCGAUUCAUCUACGAAUCAUGAUUCCCGCGGCGCAGUACAACAUUUUCCAGAACUAAUUCUUCCGCCAGCUCCGUGCUCCAGUCCGGCACCGGGCUCAAGUCCGAUUUUGUUUGUGAAAAAGAAUCAACAAGUGUCACACAACAGUGUUUUAAUAAGCAACUUUUUGUUUGACUUUUGGCUCUCUAUUGCAAUUUUCGCAUUUUCUUUGCCUGAAUCACGAGCCUAUGCUCGAUUUUUUUGUCGCAAGGGUAUACUUAGCUGUGGGGGGGUCCCUUGUCCCUUGUCCCUUUUUUUGGUCCGGAAGAGGGACAAGGGACAAAGGUCGGCUUUGAAGCGACGAAAGCGGCGAAAAGGUCCCUUGUCCCUUCUCGCGAAGGGACGAAGGGACGAAGGGACAAGCAAAAGGGACACGCUGUAGGUCCCCGAGGGGCCGGGAGGCGACCCAGGUUCUGACCGGGAAGGGAGAAAGGGACAGGCGAAAGGGACAAGGGACAGGCGAAAGGGACAAGGGACAGGCGAAAGGGACAAGGGACAAGGGACAAGGGACAGGCGAGAAGGGACAAGGGACAGGCGAGAAGGGACACGGGGACAUGGGAGAAGGGACAGGCGAGAAGGGACAAGGGACAGGGGAGAAGGGACAGGCGAGAAGGGACACAGGGACAAGGGACGGGCGAGAAGGGACACAGGGACAAGGGACAGGGGAGAAGGGACAGGCGAGAAGGGACACAGGGACAAGGGACAGGCGAGAAGGGACACAGGGACAAGGGACGGGCGAGAAGGGACACAGGGACAAGGGACAGGGGAGAAGGGACGCAGGGACAGGGGAGAAGGGACACAGGGACACAGGGACACAGGGACACAGGGACACAGGGACACAGGGACACAGGGACACAGGGACACAGGGACACAGGGACACAGGGACAGGGGAGAAGGGACAGGCGAGAAGGGACACAGGGACAAGGGACGGGCGAGAAGGGACACAGGGACAAGGGACAGGGGAGAAGGGACACAGGGACAAGCGACAGGCGAGAAGGGACACAGGGACAGGGGACAAGGGACAGGCGAGAAGGGACCGGGGGCGCAGGGGACCAGGAGGGGACCAGGGGACCAGCCGAAAGGGAGAGAGGGACAAAGGGAGGGAGAGACAAAUGAGGGGGGGGACGGGUGCGAGGGGAAAAGCGAAGGGACCAGGCGACGGGAGAAAGAGAACGAGAGGAGACAGAGACGGCGGGAAUGGCGCGGGUCUACCUGGGGAGGUGGCGGUGCAGGGCAUGUCGCCGGGAUCUCUUCCAAUUUAGCGGCUUCGGCUCCUUCGGGUCGCACGUCCCUUGUCCUUUGUCCCUUUAAGGUAAAUGGAGGCUGCCUGGGGUCCCACGUCCCUUGCCCCUUUUGGGCAAAUGAAGGGCGGCAGGUGCCCCUUGCCCCUUGUCGCUUUUCGGGAAAUGGGGGAAAUGCAUGCGCCCCGUGUCCCUUGUCCCUUUUCGGGUAUCGGAGAGUGUAACGGCGUCCCUUGUCCCUUGUCCCUUUUCGGAUCUUGGAGAAUAUAAACGCUUUCCCUUGUCCCUUGUCCCUUUUCGGGUAUCGGAUGGCAUACAUGUGUCCCUUGUCCCUUGUCCCUUUUGGGAACUUCAAGGAUAUACGUGCGGCCAUUGUCCCUUGUCCCUUGUCCCUUUCCGGAAAAUGGAGGAGAUACCAGCGGCCCUUGUCCCUUGUCCCUUGUCCCUUUUCGGAACAUGGAGGAUAUACAAGCGGCCCUUGUCCCUUGUCCCUUUUCGGAAAAUGCAGGAUUCACAAGCGGGCAUCGUCCCUUGUCCCUUGUCCCUUUUCAGGAAAUGGAGGAUACGCAAGCGGUCAUUGUCCCUUGUCCCUUUUCAGGAAAUGGAGGACACACAAGCGGUCAUUGUCCCUUGUCCCUUGUCCCUUUUCAGGAAAUGGAGGAUACACAGGCGGUCAUUGUCCCUUGUCCCUUUCCAGGAAAUGGAUGAUACACAAGCGGUCAUUGUCCCUUGUCCCUUGUCCCUUUUCAGGAAAUGGAUGAUAUCCACGUGGUCAUUGUCCCUUGUCCCUUGUCCCUUUUCAGGAAAUGCAUGAGAGCACGUGUCCCUUUUGCUUGUCCCUUCGUCCCUUCGCGAGAAGUUAGUACUGAUUUGGACCGACUUCAAAAAUGUUAAGAAAAUCGGAAAAAAAUCCGCAAAAAAUCCAGGCACGCCGCAAAAAAUCGACUUUGUGCCGCGGCUGCUAACGUCCACAAGCGAAGCAAAGUAGCGCGAAACGAAGUCGGUUGCCCGCGUUCUCGAAGCUCGAGAAUGCGCCAACUCGGUCUCGCGGCAGUUUUUGCCGGUGUCCUGAGGCGUUAGGCCCCACCCUGGAGCGUCCGGGCUGCCAGAAAGAUUCCCGCAGCCGGGUUGGGGGCGCCGGGUUGUCAUGUUCCGCCCGGCGGGCGGUGCUCACAAAAUCGAUUUUGUGAGUACCCGCGGACAGAUUCGAUUUUGUGCGCACCCUUCGGGCACGCUUUUCGAAGAUGCCCUAUCCUCGGGCGGGGCCACACAAUCCGCGCGUGGUCGCAAAAUCGAUUUUACCAACACAAAAGCCGGAAAAUCCGGCAAAAGCUGCAAAAUUGAUUGCGUGGGGCGAAGUCGCAGAGGACGGGCCUCUGCCCGCCUUGGAUCGAUGUUUCGCUCGCACGCUACAGGCUUAGGGAUGAUCGCGAAUUCCAGAACUUGCGCCCCGAUGAAGUUCCGCACAUUCAUCGCGUUGGCCCAGCGUAGAAAGCAAUGAAAAACGCCCGAGCUUGUGACUUACAUCCGGGCCCAAGUUCUGAAAAGCCGCGGGAGCGGCAUGGGCCCCGUCUGCGUGUUCUGAGCUCCGUAGAGGCGCCAGGAACAGGCUCUCGGCUGGCGCGGGGGUCGCAAAAUCGAUUUUGUAAACAGACAGCCCUCGGUGGGUGCCGCGGCUCAGUCCUCGACAGCCGCUGGGCGCUUGAUGGGGCGCAGAGUCGGGGAUUUUAGUUAUUUCAGGCUCGCAGAAUCGUCUGCGGGUUCAAUCACCCGAGGCGUGCAAAAUCGAUUUUGUUGGACCGCUCCUUGUGCGAUGUCCGCGUCAGUGGUGGUGCGGGCAAAAGAGGUGGCGCGGGCCUGCUAUGUGGGUAAGGCAGGUGGCUGUCCGGCUGUUUGCCAAAAUCGAUUUUCCAACUUCCUGAAAAUCCAGAGGAGCAAGUUUUCCGGAAGUCCGCGCGUUGCUUGGACUUUCCGGGACUGCCGAAAAAUCGAUUUUCCGGGUUCCGGAAAUUCCGGAAAUUUCGAAAAGUCCGGAGUUUGCGAAAAAUCCGGAAUUUUCCGAAAUCGAAAAUCGAGAUCGGGACAUCAGCAAGUCCUCGAAAUCGAAAAUCGACUCGGAAAAUCGAUUUUCUGCUUCAUUGCUAAGGAGAACGGACCAAACCUGGUCCAUACCAUCGGCGGAGGCAGUUGCUUACUAUCCAGUUGGUAAUCUGCUGCCAAAAAUCCGAACGCUUGCACUUUCAAGAGAUUCGGAGGCGCUUCAAAGUCGAUUUUCUGUGUGCCAAAAGUGCGCCCGAGUGUGCGCCAAAAAUGCGCCAAAAGUGCGCGCGAGUUACUAUUCAAUAGUAACGGAGACGGACCAAACCUGGUCCAUACCAUCGGCGGAGGCAGUUGGUUACUAUUCAAUAGUAAUUAUUAUUUUGCUCGGGACGCAACACAAAACAGCGCGGAUUUUUGCGCGCGACACCUCGAGCGCGACUGCCUUCGGAUUUUUUUUGGAUUUUUGGCAGCAGCUUACCAACUGGAUAGUAAGCAACUGCCUCCGCCGAUGGUAUGGACCAGGUUUAGUCCGAUCUCGCUACUAUUGAAUAGUAAUGGAGGCACAAAAUCGAUUUUCUGCUAUUUUCUCGGAAGCUCUAUUUUCCGGAAGUCGGAAAAUCCGGACCGCAGCGAUCUCCCGAGAUCUUUCCGGAAGUCCAGAUCUCUCCGGAAAAUCUAAUGUCCGGCAAGGUGCCGACGUUGUCCAUAGGGUUGAGGGGUUGCAGAAUCGACUUUGUGGCCGGUAGGGCCCGUUGCCCGUACCUCUGAGGGCGCGGGCUGGGACGGGGGUUGGUAAGGCAUUGGCGUGGGAGACUGCAUCCGCGAAGAAAGGGCGGACGCACAAAAUCGAUUUUGUGGGAGAUCCGCUAAAGCGCAUAGCUGGAAGCUCUCCCCCCUAGUCCGUCGGCCCGGCGGAUUGCGUGGCGCACCGCCUCGAUAUUGAGCCACGCGGCCGCUCGAUUCUGUCGGACCUGGGAAGCUGCGAAAUCGAUUUUGUGUGGUCGGGCGAUUGUGUGGCCUUCAACAGCCCUUGCGCGACCCACAACAUCGAACCACCUGUGGUCAGCUCAAAACCGGCCUUGUGGUCGGCGCUGCGUUCUGGGGGAAUGGAAAAUCGAUUUUGUGCAAUCUGCGGGAUUGCGCGUCUGGAGGAGGGGUUUUGUGCAAUCCGCGUCUGCGGCUUCGAUUUUGUGCAAUCUGCGUUGUGUGCCAUGCAAAAUCGAUUUUGUGCAAUGCAAAAUCGAUUUUGCGGGAUUCGGUUUUGUGCAAUGCAGAAUCGGGAUUCGGUUUUGUGCAGAGCAAAAUCGAUUUUGUGCAGUGCAAAAUCGAUUUUGUGCAAUGCAAGAUCGAUUUUGUGCAAUGCAAAAUCGAUUUUGCGGGAUUCGGUUUUGUGCAAUGCAAAAUCGAUUUUGUGCAAUCCGCGUCUGCGGGAAUGCAGAAUCCAUUUUGUGCAAUGCAAAAUCGGGAUUCGGUUUUGUGCAAUGCAAAAUCGAUUUUGUGCAAUGCAAAAUCGUUUCUGUGCAAUGCAAGAUCGAUUUUGCUGCUUUCGGUUUUGUGCAAUGCAAAAUCGAUUUUGUGCACUGCAAAAUCGGGAUUCGGUUUUGUGCAACGCAAAAUCGAUGCUGUGCAAUACAAAAUCGAUUUUGUGCAAUGCAAAAUCGAUUUUGCGGGAUUCGGUUUCGUGCAAUGCAAAAUCGAUUUUGUGAAAUCCGCGUCUGCGGGAAUGCAAAAUCGAUUUUGAGCAAUGCAAAAUUCGGGAAUCGGGAAUCGCCCCCCUUACGUUGGUUGGCUCUGGCCUCUACAGUUUCGCCGCGCCACCGGAUUUUUUUUCGAUUUUCUUGGCCGAUAAAAAGUUGGUCCAAAUCACUACCAAGAGAAGGGACAAGGGACCUUUUCGCCGCUUUCGUCGCUUCAAAGCCGACCUUUGUCCCUUGUCCCUCUUCCGGACCAAAAAAAGGGACAAGGGACAAGGGACCCCCCCACAGCUAAGUAUAUUGUGUCGCAAAGAGUAUAGUUGGGGCUGAGUCCGUUACGGUUCGUUCCGGUUCGUUUCACCGUAACGAACGAAUUUUCGUUCGUUCGUUACGGUUCGUUAUGGUUCGUUUCACCGUAACGAACGAACUUCCGUUCGUUCGUUAUGGUUCGUUACGGUUCGUUUCACCGUAACGAACGAGCUCGUCAGGAGCCGGCACGCCGUAACGAACGAAUCUGAUUGUGUGAAAAAGGUGUCUGUGCGUGAAAGCUGCAAAAGGCCAAAACUUCCGCGAGACGGCGAAGAAGGUCGGCGGCUCGGCAGCAUUGCCGCCUUCUCCGGUGCCGGCUUUGUUCGUUUUUCUUUAGCGAACAAGGUCAGUGAGUACUUCGGAGGGGCGGCGGUUUGUUGAAGAAAAAUGCGACUUCAUACCCGUGCUCGUGUUCCGGGUGGAGCUCUAGGCAUCCGAGUGUGCCGGCCUGAAUCAGUAGUGUGGGGGCCAAAAGUUCCUGCAUGUGUGUCCCCCGCGCGGGCAGCCCCUUGGUGCGUCACGGCCGGCGCCCUUUCCUGGCGCACGUCGCGCAGCUGGCGGACAUGGCUGGUUGAUGUCGAGCCGCUGCGCCAUCCUUCGGAAUAUUCCGUGCGACUUUCUGCAUUCGAAAAUACAUAGCGCCGCCGCGCGGAAUAUUCCGAAGGAUGGCAUGGCAGAUUUCGUGGCGAGUCCAUCGCGGGGCUUGCCCCCCUUUCCGAUAAACGAUCUGCCGGCUGGCAGUCGAGGCUGGCACUCAGGAAGGGGCGGCGGGCGACUCCUCUCCGUGGUCGUCCGUGUAGCAUCCGGUCGAAGGGCCCCCUUCCGCAUAUAAAUCGAGAAUACCGUCCUGCGGAAUAUUCCCCGCGACGGCAUCCUGCAUUUAUAAACAUUACUUUCGAAAACACAUAGCACCGCCGCGCGGAAUCUUCCGAAGGAUGGCAGGGCUAAUUUUGUGAUGAGCCGCCCCCCGCAGGCGCACUCCGGCUUCCCGAAGUCUCCGAUCUCCGGGGCCCCGGAUCCGCGCAAAGCCACUUCGUUCGUUCGUUCGUUACGGUGAAACGAACCAUAACGAACGAACGAACGAAAAGCCAUUCGUUCGUUCGUUCGUUCGUUAGGAAGAUAGAAUCGGGCUCGUUCGUUCGUUCGUUACGGUGAAACGAACCGUAACGAGCUAACGAAAGUCCAUUCGUUCGUUCGUUUGGUCGUUAGCGGACCCGCGAAGCCACUUCGUUCGUUCGUUACGGUGAAACGAACCAUGACGAACGAACGAACGAACGAACACGCAUUCGUUCGUUCGUUCGUUCGUUCGUUCGUUCGCUUGGAUGGCAAAGCCAGUGUGUUCGUUCGUUCGUUCUGAUGCCACAAACGGACUCGUUCGUUCGUUCGUUAACCAUAACGAACCGUAACGAACGAACGAAAAUUCGUUCGUUACGGUGAAACGAACCGGAACGAACCGUAACGGACUCAGCCCCAACUAUAUUGGUCGCAAAAUUUGCGGCUGAUACAAGAGCACGCAAAGUGGUAUUUUUUGCUUUCUUUUAUUACCUGUAAAUCACCAGUGUACCGUCGCGUUUGGAACUGCAGAAUCGCUUUGUCAUUUACAAAAUGAUAUUUUUAUUCGAAAAUCCUUUUACCACUAAACCUGUUGCGUGUUUGUUUUUUUUUUUCCAUACUUUCUGCACGAGAUUUUCGUGUAGAACAACCGACCAGCUCGGCGUCACCCCAGGCUCUACUUCUACACGAUGACCCGGACUUGCGUAUUUUCCCGAAGAGAACAACCGUGCAUCACCCAAAGCAAGUACGACCGUGCAUGCGUUCCGACGACGACGAGAUGAGCUGUGCGAAUGCUGCAUCAAAUAAAUCAACCGGCGUCCUCGCUGCUGCCUCCUCCUCCUCCUCUUCGAGCACAAAUGUGUUUCUGCAACUUUCUGGACGAGAGGUCGUCAGUAGUCGUGAUGUUGACAAGGCUCACCUAGAAGAAGUGCACCACGAGCAGUACGAUAAGAAUGGCGGUGCUACACAACUCCGACCAGAACAACCUGCUUCGAUUUUGUCUCCGAGUGGAACGAAGGAACUUAAGGAUGUACUAUCGGGAAGCACAUCAUCGAGAAAAAUCUUCAGUCGUGACGAGCAGGGAAUAUUUACAGGGAGCCCAGGAACAAGCAUUAGCUUUGGUAGUUCUUGUUCACGGAAAAUGAACAAAAAAGUGCGGUUUUCAGAAGAUGAAGAAGAAACGGAGGAACACGAUCAUUUCCCAGGAACCAACGCUGCCCAAGCAACGGGGUCGAGGUUUAUUUGUUCCACCAAAAGCUGCUCAACAUCUUCGUCUCUGCUUUUUUUCGCCCAAAAAGCAGAUCCGCAGAGCACGAUAUCUUCGGGAAGUGGCGGCCCGUCGAGUAAAAGUGAAACUUCGGAUACCGUUGCAGCAGAUGACCCAAGUCCAACUGCAAGCAAAUUGAAACCACACACUUUUUUAGACAGCACGAGUCAUGAAAAGUCCCCGUGUUGUACUAGUAUACCUGAACCAUCCUGCCGCGUGCACGCUGCUCCACACAGGGUCGCUGGAGCAGAAACAACGACGGUUCAGGCAUGCAGGUCGGAGCCGUCGCACUUGAACCCACUACUUCCGACGAAAGGACGGGGAGAAGAAAACGACGGCGCUGUACAGAAUUUUUACCGAACAGACGAUGACGAAGAGCGGCCGUCAAACUAUUGCAGCAGCGGUGGAGCAGCAGCGGCCAUGGCUAGUACAACUACACCUGGAUCUACAAGAACUUCUUCAGCAAGAAGAGCAGUGUCUCCACCACUCGUCCCUGCGACUCCGUCAUCUUCCCCCUCAGCGUUACGACCUGGAUCCGGAAGGAGUCAUCUAGGAUUCCCGGACUGUCUCUUCCAGCACGGAACGGGCACAAAAAACAGGACCACUACCACUUACACCUCAUCGUCAUCGGAGCUUCCCCUCCUGCCGAUUCAACAUGGCAGCUUGCGGACAAGCCGCGCCCGAUUGAUGGACGUUUGCCUAUGAAAUGCAAAAGCAUCGUACUCGUCUAAAUGUAUAACAAAUUUCCUCAGUAUGAGAAAUGAAAUUUGUAGUGAAGAUUUACCGUAAGAAAAGCAUUUGUAAUGCAUGACUGCAGUUUGAGUACGAUACUUUUGCGCAGGAUAUUGCCUUUUCGAGUACAACUCUUUCUCCCCGGACUGCGAGGCGAUGUUUGAACUCGCACGCGGCUGUUUGCAGGAGGCCGCAGCAGGAGCAGCAGCAGCACCGCCCGUCCACCGGCCGACGGUGGUGUUCACAGACACAGACGGGCAAAUGGUGUCGAGGACUUCUGACGCGGAAAAUUUGAGUGAUCGAGGGAACUUUCGUUCCAGUGCUAUUGAGAGGAAAAAUCCCCCCUCCCCAUAUCAAAACGGAGCUUCUGAUGCUGUAUUUGUGUACUACACAAAUCAGCGCUGUAUUGCAAAGAGGCAUUGCGGCCAGAUCCCCGGGCUAGGUAGGGGCGCACGGGUCUAGUUGUUCAGGAUGGCAAACGGCUCCCCUUUAGGCCCAACAGCAUGACAAAUGUCUUCCAUAUUGGGGCGGAAGCUUCUGCCCUUGUCUUCUUGCAAGACAAACGUGAUUUGUGACCUCAAAUCAGCAACACUAAUUUUCGGAAGCAUACCUUUUCAAUAUGGGGAGGCGGGAUUUUUCCUUACGAUAAGUGCUGACCCGCCUUCACGGGGAGUGCUGGAAGAAGAGCACGACCAGCCGGACGGUAUGCAACGAGAUCUUAUCCAGGAAAAAACACCCAUCCCCAUCCAAUUUGUCAUGCAAAACAUGUAUAAACUCCUUUGUUUGUCAUGCAUAAAAUGGAUGGGGAUGGUUGUUUUUUCCUGGAUAGAUCUCCAAGAAGAACUACGUGCAGCUGAAGCUCUUAGAAGUAAUGCACUACAGCACCACGAUCACCACAACUGCCCGCCAGAUAGAGCGGUGACACAAGACCCGCCCCUUCUUUUUACCCCGUCUGCGUCUUCCUUGCGGUGCCUGGAGCAGAUGAGUUGA